CUUUUGGUAUCAAAGCAUCAAAAAUUUGUGGACUUCGUGUGACCUGUUUCUGGUUGGUCUUUCCAAAUGCAAUCCAUGUCGUCUUCGAUGGCACUACGAAUAACUGAUUUGCCUCAAGAAAUUUUGAUCAAUAUCUUUAAGCGAUUGGAUAUUGACGAUGUACUCGCACUAGAGCAGACCUGUCAAGUGUUUCACGAAGCUAUACAAGACUCUUGGGCUUGGCAUCAAAUUUACCACCAUCGAUAUGGCAAUUCUAUCCAAAAGGCUGAUCAAUAUGAAAGGGAGUGGACAUGGAGACAAAAGUAUGAAGAAAAAGCCUCCUUAAAAUUAUCUGUGGCGAAUGAUUUUGAAAUCGCCCAUUUGAAUGGCAUACACUGGCGCAAGUGUGAAUCCAGUGAGAGCGAAUAUGGUAGCAUUGCCAUGAUGCAACAAGUCUGUUGGUUGGAUGCAAACUCUACUAUCCGUUCAGUCUCCCCGGGAACGUAUCGAGUGCUAUGGCGUAUUCGCGUAUGGGAUACUGUCUUGAGAAAUCAGCAAGUGGACUUCACAGCUAUUCCCCAGGUCGAUGACACUGGUGUGAUUCCCCGCGGUUCGUCCAUUUUUACAUCUCCACGUGGCUGGUUUUCAGAGACCGAAGUUCAAGGAAGAGGCUGGGCGGUAAUGGCUCUACCUUGUAAAUUGGUUAUCGACAAGGAAUGGGGUCUCACGGAUGUACGAGUAUCAGUAGAAAGAAAAGAUGAUCAAUGGAAAGGUGGAAUGGACUUUGAUUGGGUACAACUACAGCGUAUUGACAAUGAUUUGCCAGUAACAUCAAGACUACGAACUUAUAAACGGGUGCGGGAGCUACGAAAUAACAGCCGCUUUAGAAAUGAAUUUAGAGUUGAAGACCCUGGCUACCCCUCUUUCAGCCGCUAUAUCAUCAUCAGCACUGUCCUCACUUACUUUUUAUUUUGGCUUAAGCAACAAAUUGUGCACUGAUUUACAUUCCACAUAUACCAUGCAACAAUAGCAUAUGUACAUACAUUUUACAAUAGUGACAUGCUCACCCCACUUCUGCUUCUACUUCUUUUUAAUUUUAUUGCGCUAAAUGUACACUGUGUCUUCUUAUAUGACGAAAUAAAUAUCCGUCACUUCCAUAACGAAUUAUUUCCAGUAUUCCUGGAUAAUUUUUUCUUGCUUGAAUCUCUUUUCGACCAUCCUAGCAACAUCUAA